GCUCUUAACACCCUUUUGCUCCUUCUCUCUCAUUACCUUUGUUUUUUUUUCUCUCCAAUUUUUCACAAAGAAACAACGGAAAUGGAGCAAUAUUGGGCUUUUUUAUGAAGGAGAAACAGGUUAAAUUGAGUACAAUGCACAAGGUAUUAGAGGGAAGAAUUUACAAGAAAAGGGAAAGUUCAAGAAUGGUUAAAGGCUUUUUGUUACAUUGGAUUUAGCAGAGAAGAUUGAGAGAUUAGUGUAGUGAUUUUAUUCUGUGUAGCUAUUUUUUCGCGGAACAUAAAUGUCUGAAUUGGUGGCUCGGACUGGUCGGCAUCAGCAGCGAUAUGAGGAUGGUUAUCGCCUUAUCGCCGGGUGUAUUCCAUUUAGAUUCAGAAAUAUGGAAGAAAACAGUGGUGAGACAUCUGAGAAGAUAGUUGAAGUAUUGAUGAUAAACUCGACAAGUGGGCCUGGUCUUCUGUUCCCAAAGGGUGGUUGGGAAAAUGAUGAGACAGUCCAGGAGGCAGCUAUCCGUGAAGCCAUAGAGGAAGCUGGAGUUCGAGGGGAUAUAGUGCACUUUCUGGGACACUACCUCUUUAAAAGCAAGACACUUCAGGACGAGUUCAGUCCAGAAGGUUUGUGUAGAGCUGCCAUGUUUGCUUUGUUGGUGAAUGAAGAACUUGAGUUCUGGCCUGAACAGAGCCUUAGAAGAAGAAGUUGGCUGACAGUUCCAGAAGCAAUUCAAUGUUGCCGGCACCCAUGGAUGCGACAGGCUCUCGAGGAAGGAUUUUUGAAGUGGCAUGACAGUGGCAUGACAAGAACAAUGAAUUGCGAGGACUAGUUUUUUUCCGUUUGUUCCUCUGACCAACAUUGAGGUUCAUGUUUCUGAACUUCCCAGUUGCAAGACGCCAAUCCUUAGAGCUGGAUGGUGUCAUGGUGUGUAUUAGCUUCAAUUUCAUUUAGGAGUAGGAAGUAAGAGAAGUUGCAAAUAGUUGUUUUACAUAUUGAACCGCAUUUAAUGAUUUCUCAUUGAUUCCUUGAUGAUUAGAGUUGACGGUGAAUUGGAGAAGAAGAAACAAGAAAUCUCCAUGUCUCAUUUGGCUUGUUACAA